UGGUAUCGUCGCGAGUAACAACGCUCGCCAAGUCCAACAAUUGCAACUCAUGGCACACGCGGUCGUCGGCUCCUCCGUCGAGACAAACAAGCGAGAGAAGAAAGGUACAAGCGAAAAUGUCGCCUGUGAACAAAUGGACCAUACGACGAAGGACACCACCCCGGCUCGUCCCUUGCCGCCGGACGGAGGAUGGGGAAUCGCCGUUGUCCUUGCAUCCUUCUUAAUCCACGUAAUCACGGAUGGUCUUACGUAUUCCUUCGGUGUCUUUUAUUUGGAAUUCCUGUACUAUUUUGAGGGAGGAAAAGGUGCGACAGCAUGGGUCGCGUCGAUAUUAGUAGGAGUCACGUUGUGUUCAGGUCCAAUAUCGGGCGUUUUCGUAAAUAAGUUCGGAUGUAGAGCAGUAACGAUAGCUGGGUCCAUAUUGGCGAGUUCGUGCUUAUUAGCAAGCAUGUGGGCCCGCAGCAUUAUCACGUUGUACUUUACGAUCGGCAUCGGUGCAGGUUUCGGUUUCGGCUUGAUCUACUUGCCGGCGAUCGUAAGCGUGUCAUGCUAUUUUGAAAAGUAUCGUUCACUUGCCACCGGAAUCGCAGUGUGCGGCUCCGGAUUAGGUACCUUAGUCUUUGCACCAUGUCUAGAGUACUUAAUAGCAACUUAUGGAUGGCGAGGAGCGAUUAUGCUCUGUUCUGGCGUCGUUUUAAAUUGCGUCGCUCUCGGGGCACUUUUCAGGCCCCUAAGAGAGAAAAAGCCGAGGAACAGUGGUUCUCCAGAGGACGCCUCAAGGAGAAACAAUGUUAACGAAAAUACGAACACGCACAUAGUUGCUUUUCAAAGGGAAAAUAACAGAGCUCGAGUGAUAGCCACCAUCAGUCAGCCUACUCUAAUACUGAGAGAUGUGUUGCACGAAGAGAAUUUGGGGAACGUCCAAAAAGAAAUACCAAAUUCGACACAGGAUUAUACUGAAGACAGACUUUAUGUCCAGGAAUCUUUAAAGAAUUUACCCAAUUCUAUGGAAUAUUCGAAGGCGGACGCUAAAAUACUUAAUGGUAACUGUGAAGAAGCAGUAGGUAACUUUCAUGAAAUACUGGAUAUUUCUAUAUUAAAGGACCCAGUGUUCAUUUUAUUUACCUUCUCCAAUUUCUGUACCAGUAUUGGAUUCAAUGUACCAUAUGUAUAUGUAUUGCCCCAGGCCGAAGAACAAGGGAUUACUAAGAAGGAUGCAAGUUAUCUUCUUGCCAUAAUUGGAAUUGCUAAUACUAUGGGUCGUAUAGUAUUAGGAUACAUAUCUGAUAAACCGUGGGUUAACCGGUUAUUAAUAUACAACUUGUGCCUUACCAUAUGUGGCCUUGCAACGAUUCUGAGCACAGAAUGCACGUCAUUCGUAACCUUCGCAAUUUACACUUCCAUAUUUGGAUUUACAUCUGGUGCUUAUGUCGGCCUUACAUCUGUACUUUUAAUAGAUUUACUAGGUUUGGAACGUCUUACAAACGCCUUUGGUUUACUUUUAUUGUUCCAAGGUUUUGCAUCACUUUUAGGACCGCCUAUUGCAGGAUGUCUGUACGAUGUGCUCAAGUCUUAUGAUCCUGGAUUCUAUACCGCUGGUGCUAUGAUUACUAUUAGUGGAUUAAUAUUAUUCUUCAUACCUCUUAUUCAAAAAAGAGUAAGACACAAUGUAAACAAUAAAAAGAAGAAAAAUAUAAUAAAUAAUGAAAUUGCUUAAAAUAA